AUGGGCGGGAGACCUAUCCUUUCCACUUUGUAUUUUUUUGGUCCCUUCUGUUGGCGAAUCGCCGGGACAUGGGCGGGAGACGGGGAUUACGCUCGCCCGUUGGCCUUUAUGGGCAUACAGCGAGUGGUGUCCGAGAUAAUCUGCACCCCGUUUCAGUUAUACGGCGACUUCUGGGUAGAGGAGAAACAUGGUUUCAAUAAGAAGACGAUGCUACUGUUUAUCAAAGACAAACUUCUCGGCCUGGGUCUCACGGCGGCAAUUGGGGCGCCCAUUCUGUGUGCUGUGAACUGGCUUAUUAAGUGGGGAGGGGCUAACUUCCACCUCUGGCUGUGGGGCUUUACUGUGUUGAUGACAUUCGGAAUGAUAGUCAUCUAUCCGAAUCUGAUUGCUCCCCUGUUCAACAAGUUCCAAGUGCUAAGGGACAGAGAACUCAGGAACAAAAUUAACGCCUUGGCUGAGCAGCUGAAGUUCCCUCUGUGCGAGGUGUACGAGAUGGAUGGCUCGAAGCGUUCGAGCCAUAGCAACGCAUACUUCUACGGUUUUUGGCGGUGGAAGCGAAUUGUCAUCUUUGACACUUUGCUUCAUCUGCCGCACGAUCAGAUCUUAGCUGUUUUGGGCGUACUUGGCUCCACACUGUGGAUGAAAUACUACGGAGAUUAG